AACAUCCGCUUACACUUCUGCUUGCCUUACGACUGAAUACUCAAUAGCUUUGCCUUGGACCCAAACAAUAGGCCCUUCCGUCAUCACAACACGAUCCAGUGCUCACUCGUGUACAUGUAUACGGACGCCGAAAUUCCGCUGCGACUGACUUAGUUGAGUGCACAGCCAGCCAUGUGUAGCUGUGUGCAGAGCUACAGGGCUCUGUCCCCUGGCCUGCUCCCCAGGCUGCUUCUGCCUCACACCGGUUCCACAUUGGCCGGCAAGGGCCUGUCGACCUCCACGAACUGCAUGCAGGCGGGGAGCGGGGACUCCUCUCAGCCGCUGCCACUACCCAGCCAGGCCCGAGUGGUCAUCUGUGGCGGGGGCAUCGUGGGGACUUCGGUGGCGUAUCACCUGGCUAAGCUAGGAUGGACUGAUAUCGUUCUCCUGGAGCAGGGCAGACUAGGAGCAGGAACCACCAAACUUUGCGCUGGUAUUGUCAGUGUAGCCAAACCCAUCUCCAUUGAAUGCAAAAUGGCCGACUACUCCAAUGCUCUGUACAAGCAGCUCGAGGAUGAGACUGGCGUCAAAACGGGCUACGUGAAGACGGGUUCUCUGUGUCUGGCUCAGAAUCAGGACCGCUUCAUAUCACUGAAGCGCCUCGCGUCAAGACUCAAGGUGAUGGGAAUCAGCUGUAACAUUGUGAAACCCAAAGACUUGACCAAACUCCACCCCUUGGUGAACAUUCACGACCUAGUGGGGGCGCUCCACCUGCCUGCCGACGCUGUGGUGUCACCGCCAGAUGUCAAUCACGCCCUGGCCGUGGCGGCAGCCGGACAAGGGGUUCAAAUCCUGGAAAGAACCACCAUUCAGCAGGUUCUGGUGGAGAAGGGCCACGUGACGGCGGUGGACACGGACCGCGGCUCCAUCGAGUGUGAAUAUUUCGUCAACUGUGCUGGACAGUGGGCUUACGAGCUGGGCCAGGCGAGUGAAACCAAAGUCUCUGUCCCUCUGCAUGGCUGCGAGCACUUCUACCUCCUCACCAAACCUCUCCAGGAGGACCUCCCGGCCGACACGCCAGUGGUGCUCGACAUGGACGGCAGGAUAUACGCUCGGCCGUGGCAGGGAGGCUUGCUUUCUGGGGGCUUCGAGAAAAAUCCCAAGCCCAUCUUCACGGAGGGACGCAACCAGCUGGAGAUUCAGAACAUGCAGGAGGACUGGGACCACUUUGAGCCGAUGCUCAGCGCGCUGCUGAGGAGAAUGCCUGGUUUGGAGUCGGCGGAGAUCCAGCAGCUGGUCAACUGCCCCGAGUCCUUCACCCCUGACAUGCGCUGUUUGAUGGGCGAGACGCCGGGCCUUUCGGGCUACUACGUGCUGGCCGGCAUGAACUCCUCGGGUCUGGCCUUCGCCGGAGGAGCUGGCAAAUAUCUGGCUGAGUGGAUGACCUACGGUUACCCCACCGCCAACGUGUGGCCGCUCGACAUCAAGCGCUUCGGCAACCUGCAGAGCAGCCGGACCUUCCUGCGACACCGCGUUAUGGAGGUCAUGCCGCUGUUGUACGAACUAAAGGUUCCUCGCUGGGACUUCCAGACAGGCCGGCAACUUAGGACAAGUCCAUUGUAUGACCGACUGGACACACAGGGAGCUCGUUGGAUGGAGAAACACGGCUUUGAGAGACCCAAAUACUUUGUUCCGCCUGGCAAAGAUCUUCUCUCUCUGGACCAGAGCAAGACCUUCUACAAGCCUGACUGGUUUGACAUCGUCGGUGGGGAGGUGAAGUGCUGCAAGGAGGCUGUCUGCGUCAUUGACAUGUCGUCCUUCACCAAAUUUGAACUCACGUCCUCGGGCGAUGAGGCCCUGGAUCUGCUGCAGCACCUGUGUGCCAAUGACUUGGACGUUCCAGUGGGACACAUCGUCCACACGGGCAUGCUGAACGAACGAGGAGGUUACGAGAAUGACUGCAGCGUAGUGCGCCUCAGCAAGAACAGUUUCUUCAUCAUCUCGCCAACAGACCAGCAAGUCCACUGCUGGUCGUGGAUCAAGAAACAUAUGCCCAAUGACCCGCACCUUCACCUUGAGGACGUCAGCUGGAAGUACACGGCUUUAAAUCUGAUUGGACCUCGUGCCACGGAUGUUCUGGCGGAGCUCUCGUAUGUUUCCAUGACUCCCGAUCACUUUCCCUCCAUGUUCUGUAAGGAGAUGAGCGUGGGCUACGCUAACGGCAUCCGGGUGAUGAGUAUGACCCACACGGGUGAGCCGGGUUUCAUGCUGUACAUCCCUAUCGAGUACGCGCUACACGUGUACAACGAGGUGAUGUCGGUGGGUCAGAAGUACGGGAUCCGCAACGCCGGCUAUUACGCGCUGCGCAGCCUGCGCAUCGAGAAGUUCUUCGCCUUCUGGGGACAAGACCUGGACACCUUCACCACGCCACUGGAGUGCGGACGGGAGUUCCGCGUCAAGUUUGAUAAGGACACAGACUUUGUGGGUCGCUCGGCUCUGCUGCAGCAGCGUCAAGACGGCGUGUUUCGCCGCUUCGUCAUGUUGGUCCUGGAGGACCAUGACACAGAGCUGGACCUGUGGCCCUGGUGGGGCGAGCCCAUCUACUGCAACGGGCAUCUGGCGGGGGCCACCACCAGCAGCGCCUACAGCUACACCUUGGAGAGACACGUGUGCCUCGGGUUUGUGUCCCCGCCCCCCGGACCCGACGGCCUGCCCGCCACCGUUACCCCAGACUUCAUCAAUCGAGGAGACUACGAGGUGGACGUGGCCGGGCAGAGAUACCCGGCCAAGGCCAAGCUUUACCCCUUCAGCUCCCUCUUUAGUCAGCAACACCGAAGACGCAAAGACGACCUGGAACUGAGCAACCUCCAGGGCGAGUGAUGGCGACACAUCGCUGCUCAUGCUUACUGAAGUGCAAUAUGUGGCCAAAAAAAAAAAAAAGUCAGACAUUUACUUCUUUGGUCUGGACUCAAAGUGCCUUGAUGGAGGCCAAAUCAGCUCUCUAACGCGCUGGUCCACCACAGUCAAAGAAGGCAUGCUGGUUCUCCGUCGAAGACAUGUGAGUUGUCCACAGUCAAAAAAUUCUCUGCUGUCGCUUCCUAUUGCCAUCGAACCAGGAUAUUCAUUUUCAUACAUACACGUUAUGAGAAAGUGUUUUUUAAAAAUUGGACAACAAUGUUUGAAUAUCUCAAGAAUAGUGUGGCAACGCCAUCUUUCGAGUACAAAGUCAUACAAUGAAAAGUUGUAAUGUGAAUGGGGGUGGGGGGACUCAUCAUAUCAAGUUUAAACGUUUAUUCUUUGAGGAAUGAAAGUUGUCAUUUAACACGUUUUUUUUAAAAAUUGCAACGUUACGAUACAGCGUUUGCGUUUGAUGAAAAAAAAGAUUAUCACAAGGAAAAGUUGCAGUGUUAUUUCGUUAAGGGGAAAAAAGUUGUCAUGACAAAAAUAAAAAUUGUAAUGUGCUACAAGAGGAAACUUGUAAUCUUAUGUGAAAAGGUUUUACUUUUAUAGAAAAACAGUUAUGUUUAAAAAAAUCCAUAAUGUUAUAAAUUUGUGUUUCUUUGAAAAAAAAGUGAACAGAUGCAGAAUAAAGUUAAGGCAAAAAGUUCUCAUGACACGUAAAAAAAAAGAUUAAGAAUGUAUUUCUUCGAAAGGGAAAUGACAUAUUUCACAAAAAUUUAUGUUUUUAAUUGUUUUAUGGAAAUAUACGACAGGCUCAAUAUGUUAAAAUAGGUUUUAGGGGGAAAAGAAAGAAAAUGGGGGAAAAAAAGUCAUCAUUACAAAAUUUAGAUUUAAUAAAAUCUAAUUUUACACAUUAUUUGGUUUUAAAACUAAAUACAAAUUUUGAAAAAUAUACUGUACAUAUUUUUAAACUUAAUUUUCAUUAAAUUACAUUUCUUUCCUGGCUAGUACUACAUAACCCCUUUUUUCAUUUCAUUUUUCUUGGUCCAAUCAUAACUCUACUGUCAAAACUGUUUUGAUUGCUUUUUUUUGUGGGGCAUUACAAUGAUUCUCAUUCAAUGAAUUAAUCGCUGAUAUAUUUUCCCCAAAACAUUCAUUCAUCUUCCGAACCGCUUCAUCCUCACUAGGGUCGCAGGUGGUGCUGGAGCCUAUCCCAGCUGUCUUUGGGCAGUAGGUGGGGGACACUUGCCCUUAACAAUCACACAUAAAUGAUUUUUUUUUAAUGCCCCCCCCUCCCUCACAUGAUUGUCACCUAAAAUAGCAACAUUUUCUUGUAUUAUUCUUCCCUUUGAUCCAAAGGGACCCUUGAAUCUUGUACGUGUCAAGAAACAGAAAAAAAUCACUGCAGUCCAGAACAUUUUAUUUUUGAAUACUUUCAGAGGAUAUUGUCGGGUUGAAACUAUUCUGCUGGGCAAUUUAUGCCAGCCAUGCUAUCAAUGUAAUCAUAUACUGCAAGAUAUAUCUGCUCAUCUUAAUCAGUGUGAAGUAGUUUUUCAUGUUUUAUCUCUGGAUUGUGUUGAUGACCAUGUUGCUUAUGAAGGGCUAUCUUAGCAAAAAGUAUGUGUCCUCCAUUUUGCUGCACAUCUAGAAUAACGUUCAUCUGCCAUUAAGGAACCUGUCAAGUGGAAACGCAGCACGUGAGGAUAUAUUUAUAUGAAGAACAUCCAAAACAUUGAUUUUGUUGUUGUCUUGGCAACAGUGCAUCGUGUAAAUAAUACAAAUAAAAAGUCAAAUGACGGAAGGUUGCGCUGAUGUGUCUUCCACUCGUCUACUGCUCAAGUUGUCAUGACGACUAACCGUGUGUCCAAAUGUUCUGAUGAACCUUAAAAUGGCACAGCGCGGCCAAGACAUUUUGAAACAAAAAACAAA